AUGACUAAAGUUAUGCAAAGGAGACUGCCCAUAGCUGUUGAGGAAGGCAAAAAAAGGCCACAUGAACCUGUUCAAGCUGCCAAGUUUGCAUCAGAGGCUGGCAUCAUUAUUCGGGAAACCAUGCCUAUCCUAACUCGUUGGAAAGAUUACAAGGAUGACCAGAAAUACUACAACAGCUUUGUGUCACAGCUAAAUGGGAGCUUGUCCAUUAACACUGAGGACAAGGCAACAAAGGAAGUUUGCACCGAUAUGCUACGCUCUGCGGUAAAAAACCAACGUUAUCGGCUCAAGCAGAAAUACUUCAAUGGUGUACCUGCAAAUGAGAUUAGCACAACUUCUCCUGUAUCUUACAUGACUGAUGAACAGUGGAGGGCAUUAGUUGCAAAGUGGUCUGAUCCAAAGAACAUGGAAAUAAGUGAAAAGAACAAGCAGAACCGCAGUCAAGUCAAGUUUCAUCAGGCUACGGGUUCUCGCUGCUAUGUGGCACACUUACAUGCAUAUAAGCAGAAGAGAAACCGAGAAGAACCCAGCUUAGAUCAGACUGAAGAACUAGAUGCGGUGGACGCCUUCAAGACCUGUCAUACCAGCUCCAAACGUGGCCUGAGUGAACCGGCAAGAGAAGCACUUUCUCAUAUGGAGGCUUUUGAGGGCUGA